AUGCCGCGCGCAGAAGUCGGAACACCAAAGUAUCUCGCCAAUAAGAUGAAAUCCAAGGGCCUACAGCGCCUGCGGUGGUACUGCCAAGUCUGUGAGAAGCAGUGCCGAGAUGAGAACGGCUUCAAGUGCCAUGCUCAGUCCGAGGCCCAUCUCCGCCAGAUGCUCGUCGUCGGUGAGAAUGCCGGGCGGCAUAUCGCUGAUUUCUCGAGCCAAUUUCAGCACGAUUUCGUCCAGCUUUUAAGUCGACGAUAUAACACGAAACGCGUGCGCGCCAACCAAGUCUAUCAAGAAUUCAUCCAAGACAAGAAUCACCUGCACAUGAACGCCACCCGCUGGGUGACUCUCACCGAAUUUGCCAAGCACUUGGGGCGCUCAGGGAUUGCACGCGUGGACGAAACCGAGAAAGGGUGGUUUAUUGCGUGGAUCGACAGCAGCCCGAAAGCGCUCGCAAAGCAAGAGGCCUCUAUGAAAAAGGAUCGAGCCACGCGGGAUGAUGAACAGCGCGAGCGCGUUCUGAUUGCAGAGCAGAUUGAGAGAGCUAAGUUGGAGAAAGAUGCCAGUGAGGAGGGAAGUGCGAGCCCCCCUGCCGGGGAGGGCCUCAAGAGAGAAGAGGGUGCAGAGAAAGUGGUUCUGUCAUUUUCUGCCAAGUCAGCGGCUACAUCGGACACGACGACGACAGCCGCUCCGACAGGGCUGAAGUUGACUGCCGUGAAGCCUGGCGUCAAUCCUCUCAAAGCCAAUCCAUUGAAACGGCCCAACGUGUUCAAGUCUGCCGCUCCUGUCAAGUCUGAGAUUCCAGAGGGUGGCGGUGGGAAUGAUAGGAAACGAUCCGCGCCGAUGUCAGCUGCAGAACGGCUUAUCAUGGAGGAGCAAGAGCGUAAACGCCGACGGAUGGAUAGAGAAAGUGUAGCCUAA